CACGGUCGCUGGUUCGUUCGUAAGGUCGGCUAUGAGCUCUGACGCUUAUAAAAGUAGCAAGGACAUACGUCUGGGCCAUUAGUCGAAAUCUAUUAACGCACAACGCGAAGUCGUCUGAAUUUGGCGUUGGCGAGUGUUGAAAACAAUUCAUUCAUUAAUUCACAACUCAAAUAAAUUAAAUAAACGUGCUUUAUAAUCAAUUUAAAAAAAAUUAUUAAAUACAGUAGCGUGAAAUAAAAUUAUGUUUAAUUUUUUAAACAUUUUCAAUGAAUACAACACGGUAAAUAAGCAACGGCUUUAAGAGUUUGUAAAAAAAUACAAGAAAUCAAAUGAAUUAGCAGACAUUAAGCAAAAUAUGUUUACAAAAAUUAUCAACAAAGAAAAGUGUUAAAAUAUUUUCAAUGUGUUGAAGCUGGGAGUUUAAGAGAAAAUAUUUUCAAUAAAAUUGCUUAAAACAAAAGCAUUAAAAAUAUUGCAAUCGAAGACUAAAACUGCAGCGGUUUUGCAGUAAAAAAUUUUAUAAAGAAAAACUUUUUUGAAAAAAUUAAAUUUAAACAGAAAAAAUGUUCGCCAAUUCAUAUUUUAUAAAAUUGCUAACGCGACAAUGCACAACCAAUGAUCUGCAGCACCUGUUGCUCGUCUUCUUCACGGUGCUGAYAGUGAUCUGCUUCCUGCAGAGACUCUUGAACGCCUAUCGGGAGUUGCGCAAGUUGCCACCGGGUCCAUGGGGUUUCCCCGUGAUCGGCUACCUCUUUUUCAUGGGCAACGAGAAGCACACGCGCUUCAUGGAGUUGGCCAAGCAAUAUGGCUCGCUCUUCUCCACGCGUCUGGGCAAUCAAUUGACCGUAGUGAUGAGUGAUUAUAAAAUGAUACGUGAAUGCUUCAGGCGUGAGGAGUUCACCGGCAGGCCGGACACGCCGUUCAUGCAAACGCUGAAUGGAUUUGGUAUCAUCAAUAGUACCGGCAAACUGUGGAAGGAUCARCGUCGUUUUUUGCACGAAAAACUACGUCAAUUCGGUAUGACUUAUAUGGGCAACGGAAAGCAUGUCAUGGAGAAGCGUAUUAUGACCGAAGUACACGAAUACAUACACAAUUUACGGGUCUCCGAUGGUCAACCCAUGGAUAUGGCGCCCGCUAUCAGCGUAGCCGUUAGCAAUGUCAUCUGCAAUAUCAUGAUGUCCGUACGUUUCUCCAUUGAUGAUCCGAAAUUCCGCCGUUUCAAUUUCCUCAUCGAAGAGGGCAUGCGUUUAUUUGGUGAGAUACACACCGUCGAUUAUAUACCCACCGUACAGUACUUCCCCUCGAUUUUGACGGCCAAGACGAAAAUCGCAAAGAAUCGCGAGGAAAUGCAGCGUUUCUAUCGGGACGUGAUCGAUGAACACAAAAAUACCUAUGAUCCCACGAAUAUACGUGAUUUAGUCGAUUUCUAUUUGGCUGAAAUUGAGAAGGCCAAGGACGAGGGACGCGACGAUGAACUGUUCGAUGGAAAGAAUCACGAGGAGCAAAUUGUUCAAGUCAUCAUCGAUCUCUUUUCCGCCGGCAUGGAGACAAUCAAAACCACUUUGCUMUGGAUCAAUGUUUUCAUGUUGCGUAAUCCCGAAGCGAUGCGACGCGUACAAGAGGAACUCGAUCAGGUGGUCGGACGUCAUCGUUUGCCUUCCAUAGAGGAUUUGCAAUUUUUACCAGUGACCGAAUCAACAAUUUUGGAAUCGAUGCGCCGCUCUUCGAUUGUGCCGCUMGCGACCACACACUCGCCAACAAGAGAUGUUGAAUUGAACGGUUACAAAAUCCCCGCCGGCUCACAUGUCAUACCGCUGAUCAACAGCGUACAUAUGGACCCCAAUUUGUGGGAGAAACCCGAAGAGUUCAAUCCACGUCGCUUCCUCGACUCCGAGGGCAAAGUGCGCAAACCAGAGUAUUUCAUACCAUUCGGUGUGGGCCGACGCAUGUGUUUGGGUGAUGUGUUGGCGCGCAUGGAACUGUUUCUCUUCUUCGCCUCGUUCAUGCACAGCUUCGACAUCACGCUGCCCGAAGGACAACCAUUGCCCAGUUUAAAGGGCAAUGUAGGCGCCACCAUUACACCGGAAACCUUCAAGGUAUGUCUAACACCGCGGCCGCUCACUGAUGCCAUGAAACCGCCGGCCGAUUUACAAGACGCACGCACGUUAUAAAUGCUGAAAAUGUCAAAUGUCAAAAUGUUUGACACGCG